AUGAGGACCUGGCAGGACAUUUUUGCAGAUAAGGUUGCAGACAUGCACUUAGAAGAGCCAUGGAUGCUUCAGGAGGACAACACCCUGCAGGUGCACAUCCUCAAGCCUGGCUGGAAGGAGUUUGUCCAGCGCCACGCGCUUGGGAGGUUUCAGUGCUCCAAGUGCAUUUAUGAGUGGUCUUCGGCCAAAGUGCACGUCCUGUUCCACAUGUGCCGGCACUGGGACCAGGGCAUGGCCGAAUUUGACCAGGAGACCAUGGAGAGGCUUCUGCACAACAUGGUGCUAAAGAUCCUCAAGUACUUCUACCACGUGUCCAUCCAGUCCACCGACCUCCUGGAAGUCGUGGUGGAUGCGCUGGCGGCGGGGCCGCAUGGCAGUGCCCGAAUUCAAGGGCUGCCAGCUCGGCAUUUGCAGCAAGUCGCGACUGGCCCUGGCGUUGGAUGCCUGGAAGCCCUUGUUGGGUACGGACAAGUCCAGGACCCAUCGCACCCUGAAACACAAGGGCAUGAGGCCCUAUGCAACCCCGACCCACCACUCCUCACCCUUCCAGAGCAACUUCCCUGGAAACGCUGCUGCUGCAUCGGCAGCAUUUUGCUCUGCAUUUUGGCAGUGCUCCUCUCUGCACUGCUGUAUUUCAUCAAGAAGUAG